CAGGGGCUCAACCUUCCUCCCGGGAUGUGGUAGGGGGGGCCUGGGGGGGCCCGUGGGAGAGAGACCAGGCUGCCCAGCAUCCCUUCCCCUCCCCGUGGGCGUCACUGAGCCUCCGUCCAUCCCGCCCGAUGGAGACUGAGCCGUUUUGAAAAAGAAUGACUUUCUCUGACCGGAUUAAUGCCAGCUUGCAUGGGAACCACACGGGAGACGCCGGUGGCGGCGGGAUUAACAGCUCGUCCUGGAGCGCCGAAGAGGCCCUCUCCAACAGCAGCGGCGGCGCCUCCGUCGUAACCCCGGGACUGAGCCUGCAGUCGGUGGGCGUGGGGCUCUUCCUGGCCGCCUUCAUCCUCCUGGCCAUUGUGGGCAACAUCUUGGUCAUCCUCUCAGUGGCCUGCAACCGCCACCUGAGGACCGUCACCAACUACUUCAUCGUCAACUUGGCCAUCGCGGACCUGCUGCUCAGCACCACCGUCCUGCCCUUCUCGGCCACCUUGGAGGUGCUGGACCUCUGGGUCUUCGGCCGCGUCUUCUGCGACAUCUGGGCCGCCGUGGACGUCCUGUGUUGCACGGCGUCCAUCAUGAGCCUCUGCAUCAUCUCGGUGGACCGCUACAUCGGGGUCAAGCACUCCCUCAAGUACCCGGCCAUCAUGACGGAGAAGAAGGCCGUGGUCAUCCUGGGCCUGGUCUGGCUCUCCUCCGUGAUCAUCUCCGUCGGGCCCCUCUUGGGCUGGAAGGAAGAUCCUCCCGAGAGCGAGGAGUUCUGCACCAUCACGGAGGAGCCCGGCUACGCCCUCUUCUCCUCCCUCUUCUCUUUCUACCUGCCCCUCUUGGUCAUCCUGGUCAUGUACUUCAACAUCUACGUGGUGGCCAGAAGGACCACCAAGAGCCUCGAAGCCGGCGUCAAGAAGGAGCGGAGCAAAUCUAUGGAAGUGGUGCUCCGCAUCCAUUGCCGCAACGUCUUGGAGGACUCCUUGGCCAGCACCAAGAGGCACACCUUCCGAAGCUCCCUCUCCGUCCGGCUUCUGAAGUUCUCCAGGGAGAAGAAGGCAGCCAAGACGUUGGCCAUCGUGGUCGGGGUCUUCAUUCUCUGCUGGCUGCCCUUCUUUUUCGUCCUCUCGUUCGGUUCUUUCUUCCCUUCCCUGAAGCCCUCGGGAGUCGCCUUCAAGAUUAUCUUCUGGCUGGGCUACUUCAACAGCUGUGUGAAUCCCAUCAUCUACCCCUGCUCCAGCAAGGAGUUCAAGCGAGCUUUCACCCGCCUGCUCAAGUGCCAGUGUCGGCGGAGGAGGCCCAUCUGGAGGGUUUAUGACCACCCUUGGCGAGGGGCCUCCAUCAACGGCUCCAGCCGCUCCCGGAUCUCCACCCUCAACGGGUCCUUCAUAUUGAACUCCCGCAGCUUGGAACGGUCCAGCAAGAGGAGGACUCUGAACUGCAAGCGGUGGAGGAUAUUUUCUCCUUCCCACAAACCCACCAUCCAGCUGAAGGAGAAGAUGAACAGCCUCUCCCACAAGAUUCGUGGGAGCUCCCUCCGGGGCGGCAUGGCGGCUUCCUUCAAAACCGAGGUGGAGUCGGUUUCCAUUGGCAUCCCCAAUGACUUCUUGGAAUGCAUCGACUAUCAAAUGUACGACGAUCUGACGGACUCCGAAUCGUGUGGGCUUAAAGAAACGGAUAUUUGACACAAUGGGGUUGUUGUUUUUGGUUGUUUUUUUUUCUGGAUCCCGUUGGGUUUGUCUCCAUCUUAUAAGUGGACAAAGGCGGGUGCACUCCGUGAGUGAGACAGGUAGACUAACCAAGGUAGUCAACAGCCCGUUGGUAGAAAUCCAUGCUUCGCAUACGGAAGAAGGCCCCAUUUUCCCUUUGACCCACAAGGCGCACUUUCGGCGGG